CCCCCCGGCGCUGCCGCAUUCCCCGCAGCGCUGUGCGGCCUUUGGGACCGCUGCUCGGGGCUGUGGGGCUCCGCGGUGCCCCGCGGGUGAGAUCCGCCGCGAUGCAAAGCGCCGCUCUCGCUCCGGUGGGGCUGAGCGCGUCCAACUUUGCCCUCCAGGUCCCUUCUAGAGCCGCGUUCGGCCGUACGGAUCUGUCGCUUUGAGCCAUGCACCUGCGCGGGUGGAAGCGCGCUGCCCCGGGGACACGCUGAGCUGCGCCGGGAGUGGAGCCCGCCGCCAGGUGGAAUGGGGCAGCCAUGAACGGCGAUGCCCUGUGCCAGGAGCCCUCCUCCCCGCUCCCCGACUGGCGUGAGUUCUGCGAGCUGCACGCCCAGGCGGCCGCCGUCGACUUCGCCCAGAAGUUCUGCCAGUUCCUGAAGGAGAACCCGCACUACGACACGCCGGGCGCCGAGGCUUCCUUCUCCCAUCACUUUGCCGCCAACUUCUUGGAUAUCUUCAGCGUGGAGGUCAGCCGGGUGUUCGUCUCCGACUCGCCCACCAAGUACAACAUCGUGCCCUUCGUGGGGCUGCAGAACUGCCACGUGCCCUACGGGCGGGAGGUGGCCCAGCGGAAGGAGGAGACGUCCACCGAGUCCUUGGACAGCAUGGAGGCCCCGCUGGGUGCCGGCCGCUAUCUCAGCCCGGUGCAGCAGGCGCAGGCCCGCAAAGUGUCCUCCUAUGGCCAGUCCCGCAGCUCGGAGGAUGUCUCCGUGCACGCCUCCGCCAAGCCCAAGUUCAAGAAGGGCUUCUCUUUGAGGAACAUGAGCUUGUGCGUGGUGGAUGGCAUGAAGGAGAUGUGGCACCGAAGGUCUUCUCCCGAGCCGGGCGCCGAGGCAGCUCCAGGCACCAGGAGGACCGAGAGGGAGCCGUGGGGCAAGGAGCCCGGUGACCCCCGGGAGAAGUGGACCCACAAGCUGCGUCUGUCCAAGGCACAGUCCUCCAAGGUGGAGCUGGUGGACAUCCAGAGGGAGGGCACGCUGCGCUACAUGGUGGCCGAUGACACGAACUGUGUGGGGAGCUCACAGUGGCAGAAGUGCCGCCUCCUGCUGCGCAAGGCCGUGAAGGUGGAAGGGGAGAGAUUCCUGCUCGAGUUCUACGUCCCUCCCAAGGCUUCCAAGCCCAAGGUGAGCAUCCCACUGUCAGCCAUCAUUGAGGUGCGGACCACCAUGCCUUUGGAGAUGCCUGACAAGGACAACACCUUUGUGCUGAAGGUGGAGAACGGUGCCGAGUACAUCCUGGAGACCAUUGACUCCCUGCAGAAACACUCGUGGGUGGCAGAUAUCCAGGACUGCAUUGACCCUGGGGAUAGCGGGGAUGACAUCGAGUUGGCAUCCUGUGCUCAGGGAGCCUGCCUGCCGGGCCGGGCGUCCUCCUGCAGCUGCGAGUUCCUGGCUGAUGAUGCGCACAGGCUGCCAGAUAGAUGUGCCCUGCCCGGUGCUCACAGUGCCACCACCACUGCUAUGCCCACACCCCAUGGCCGGGGCAGGGACUCCGUGGGGGAGCUGCUGGCCCACGUCCCACUGGAGAGCUUCUUGCAGACACUGGAGUCUGCACCCACAGCCAGCACGCACCUUGCAGGAGAGGACAGCGAAGUGGACACAGAGAUCAACCUCUCUGACUUCCCCUGGUUCCAUGGGACGCUGUCACGGAUCAAGGCGGCUCAGCUGGUGCUGUUCGGCGGUGCCCGGAGCCACGGCCUGUUCGUCAUCCGGCAGAGUGAGACACGGCCAGGGGAGUACGUGCUGACCUUCAACUUCCAGGGGAAAGCCAAGCACCUCCGGCUGUCGCUGAACGAGAGCGGGCAGUGCCACGUGCAGCACCUCUGGUUCCAGAGCAUCUUCGACAUGCUGCGGCACUUCCACACACACCCCAUCCCGCUGGAGUCAGGUGGCGCUGCAGACAUCACGCUUCGGAGCUAUGUGGUGGCCCAGAGCCUGCAGCCUGACACUGGCCCUCCGCCAGCCCUCGUGCCACAGCCGCCGCUCUGCCGCACCGACCCACCACCCCCACACUACUUCUGCAGCACGGCGCCCGCCGCCCCGCCAGUCCCACCACCCACUGAGGGGGUGGCUGUGCCCCCCGCCGUCCCCACGCCCUACCACCGCCUGGAGGGAGCCCUGGGCCCCCGCAGCCGCAGCGACAGCGCUGAGCGCCGGCCGGAGCCUGCUGCCACCGGCACUGAGGACUAUCACGAUGCUGACGGUGCCCGCAGUCGGACCCGGGCAGUGGAGAACCAAUACUCCUUCUACUGAGCCCCUUAGGGGCAGGAUGAUGGGGGGACACGGGGCAACCGUGCCCAUUGCUGCUGCACCAGCCUCACUGCCACCACCAGCACCGGGGCUAGGACAUCCUCCUUGCUCCUGUGUGAUGGCCCAGCUGGACCUGGCAGCACUGAGUGGGUGCGAGGUUGGAAGCAUCAGUGCUGUUUUGAAGCUUGCGGCACCUUCCCUUUCCCUCCUGACCAAGUGUUCUCCCAGCACUGAGGUUUGGGCAUUUUGGGAUGGGGAUGGAAGUGUCCCUGCAGAGCUGUCCUCGUAGGCACAGGUCUGUAUGCCUAUAGGCAUUGUGCCCCAUGCUCAACACAGCUCCAUCCUUGUGCGUCUCUGGGGCACAAGUUUCCCAUGCUCUGCCAGGAGAAGGCUUUUUGUCCAAAGCUUGCUGCAUCUCAUUGGAGGAAGGUCUUUCCCUGCUUUCCUGCCCUUUCUCUUCCUUUGUCCUUUUUCUCCUUGUAGAGACUCCCUGAACGCCUCCUUUCUUCCUCUCCUUUGCUUCUGAAACCUUGAAUUGCCUACAAGGGUAUCAGCAAUCUUCUCCCUCCUUUCCACAGCACUCAUUGCCAUCAUUGAAGGCAAACUUUGGAAAACACAACACCAGCCCCACUCACAUCAGCCCUUACUUGGGGUAUCUCCAGGGGGUCAGACAGAGGCCAGGUGCAGGGCUGGAAGCAAAAUUGCCACCACAGCACACCCCAGGAGUGCAAACACUACAGACCUUCAGUAGAUGCUAUUGAAGAUUUUUAUUUUAUUUUUUUUCUUAUAGAAAUUGAAAAACCCAGAGAGAAUGAAAGGAGUGUGGCUCCUGGUGGAACUGUGUGGCUGUGCAGGUGGAACACAGGGACUGGGUUGGGCUGACAGCAUUGGGAUUUCCCUUGCUCAAGUGCCACCCUGCCCUCACCAGUGCCACGUGGCAGCACCGCUGCCUGCAGGGACCAUGUGCUGUCUCUGCCUUUUAGCAGCAUGGUGGCUUUUGAGCAGACCCCUGCAGCAGAUCUCCAGCAUGAAAAGGAGCUCCCUCCUGCACUGCAGAGACCUGAGAGAGAGCACAGAUGCUGGGGCCAGGCUGCUUGCUGGGAUUGUGUUCUUCAUGUAGGGUAAGAGUCAAGCCACAGCCAAGCUCGAACCCCAGUGAAUUGCCUGAAGAGUUAUUCUGGUGUCUGGUUUUGGUUUGGAUCAGAUUUUUUUUGUUAGGUGCCUUCUUUCCUGAGCUAGCAAAGUGUGUCCCAACUCUGGAGUCGCUUCUCAUCCUUCCUGCGGGCAGGGAUGAUCUUCUACAUCAAGAAGACAGGCUACAAGCCUAUCUUUGAGGCUUGUAGCUUCCUCCAGAGCUGAGAGCUGCCUUCUGGGCUGCUGAGGGCUGGGAGCUCCCACUGUUGCAAACACAAGCCCUCAAUCCCUGCCCUGCCAGUGGCCACCUCCCUAUGCGAAGGCUGGGGCGGUGGGAGUGGAUAUUUCUCCUUGCUCACGUAGGGAGAAGCUGGAUGCUCUGUGUCGCUGGAUUUAACACAAACUCCCUUUACAUACACAGUGAUUGAGUGGGGACCUCCAGAUGUGGCACAGAUGUCACUGCUCUUGUUCUCCCCACAGUCCCCAGGUGGCGGUGGAUGGGAGCACUGCCUUGGAGAACUUCACGUGUUGGCUGAUUUGUCAUCAUCUGCGUCACGGGAUAGGAGAGGGGUGGGGGGAGCAGCGAUCUGCAAACAAACAUGUUCAUUUGUAAAUAGGGAAGAGUCUGGAAGAGUUUACUGUUCUGUAGAAUAAAUUAAUUUUAUUUAAAAAAAAGGAAAAAAAGGGGACUUGUUAAACAAAUGGAGAACUCAAGUUCCAGUUUUAAAAUAAAACCACUUGCAAAAAGGACAGCACAAGAACAUGAGCAUGGAGCUUUGCUGUGUAGAAAGAGAGAGGAUGCUGUCAUGCAGCAUGCAUACAGACCUCGCUGCUGGCCUGAGGCAGCUAUGGUGAGGCACAGGCUGACCAGCAGAGUGGGUCUGGCACACUGAGCAGGGAGGAGGGGGCAUUUUUUAUCACGGUUGAGCAGAGGGAGGUUGAGGACACGUCCAGCCUUUGCAGGGCUGGGUUUCCUCUGCUCUCAGUCUGUCAUUUUCAUUGUCUGGUGUGUUGCCGGUGUAAGUUGAAACGCCUUCAACCCUGGAGCGGAGCAGAUAAAAGUGAAUUAACAGCCCUGGGGAGCAUCUCCUAGCAGCAGUGUUCCCCAUACAUGUUUUCCAACCCCCAUCCCCAAGGGAGGCAGGCAGUGCCUCGUGCUCUGCUGCCGUACAUCUUCCUAGCGUGCUCUUUUCUGC